GAAUAUGGCAAUAAUGAAGGAGAAGGCACAUUAUAACAAAACUCACUAUUGCAGAUGCCAAACAAGGGCAAUAGCAACAGUGUACAGGAAAAUGAGUCAAGAAAAGAAAGAUAUUUGGAACAAAUGGGAUUUGGUGGUCUGGCAAAUGUGCCAGAAAUGAACGUCUCCAAUACACUGUUGGUAGAAUUACUUGAUCGGUUUGAUAUAGAGAGAGGAUGCCUGAAAACUCUACAGGGGACAAUAAACAUAACUCCUCGGAAGGUAGUAGCUGCCCUCGACAUAAACAAUGGAGGAAAUAUUUUUCCUGAAAAGGUAGAUUACAGCAAGCUGAAUCCAGCAGAGAAGGAAAUAUUUGACAGCGUAAAAAAUAUUCUCUUGGCAACUUUGGCAAGGAAUGUGCUGGAUAUGAGUGUAGAAGGGGAGGAGAACCAGAAAAAAUUCAAGAGGACUUUUGUUGUCUUCAUACAAAAGUACUUCUUGCUCCCCACAACGGUAAGUGUGGCCUCCCCAAUCCACAAGCCACCGAUCUUUCAUGUGGAUAACAUUAGGGAAUGGGAUUGGGCAAAGCAUGUUCUCAACUUCUUAAUGAAAGGAGUUGAAAAUAAGAGAGAGGGGAACAAACAGUUUGUUGAUGGCUGUGUUUUUGUAUUAAUGUUGAUAUACUUCCAUGAAACAAAGUUUCCCCGUCCAUUUGCACCCGAUGCUCCCCCUGCACCAUGGGUGGCCUAUUGGACAAGGGAAAAGAUCAUUGAACGGAUUUCAUCCGAAACAACACAACCAUUGGUAAGUACUAUACUAAAAUUCCCCAAAAAAUUUGCUUUGAAAUGCUUUUAG